AGACGGAGAAGCUCAAAGUACCUUUGUCAUGGCCUACGGUGGGAGGAAGAGGACGAGCGCGAUUCCGGAAUCAGAUUCUGCCCCGACGACCUCGGCGGAGCCGGUCAGGAGGGUCGGGAAGGAGGAGAGACGGGCGCGGCGGCUGGGGGAGGCGGCUGGGGAGACGGCGGCGGAGUGCGCGGCGAUCUGUUGCUGCUGCCCCUGCUGCGUGGUGAAGCUUCUCGUGAUCGUGGCGGUGAAACUCCCCCAGGGGCUCGUCCGGUGCGCCCUGCGGCACUGCAAGGCGCGGUGCUCGCGGAACAGAGAAGCGACCGAACGGAAGGAACUCAGGGCGUCGAAAGACAAGCCGGCUGAGGCGUGCCCAGCGAGGUCUCCGGAAGAGGCGAUGCACGACUUGGAGAAUGUGAUGCGGGACAACUUCUACGGCGGCGGGUUCUGGCGGAGCCUCUCCCGGAGGGAGUAGAUCGAUCCUCUCCCAAGUGGCCAAGUCACCGUCUGCUUGGCGAUUUAGCUAGCAGGGUGCAACUGAACGCAGUCCUGAAUACUUCAAGCUUUUGGUAAGUUCAUGGAGAAUUCUUGUCAUCCACUUGAGAUUUCUGUUCAGUGUACAUCGAUCUUCCAUUCAGUUUCAGCGAUUUGAUCUUUAGUUAGUGAGCUGGGAGAUCAGAUUAUGUGGAGACGGAAUUCUGAUGGAAAAUUUUACAGUGAACUAGAGUUCAUUUAGUGUU